UGCGGGAAUAUGAAAGUGACGACCUCGCCUCUGACUCGGACGAUGAGAAGCGCAUGCGACAAGCUGAAAACCGUGCACUCCGCACGCUCAGAGAGAGACGGCGCUAUCGUCCUUACAAGAAACCCUCUGCAACUGUCUCUACUCCUUCUGACGAUCGCAGUCCUGCUCAUACGUCCUUUCAGCGUUCCUUUCGUCCCUACACAAAGCAACGUAGACAACCCUCGCUAUACGAUAUCUGCUACAAUUGCCGAAAAUACGGACACUGGAAAUCCCAGUGCACAGCGCCUUCAGUCCAGUCCAGCGCCUCCAGUGUUGGCGUUAACAAAUAGAUCUGUAGAGAAUUUUUCAGAUAUCUUUAAUCAAGGAAAAUGGACUACUUCCUGGGCGUGCGCGGAACCUUCUUUAGAGCCAUUGGCUAGCAGACUUCCGGAAACUUGUUUAAAAUCAAAAGCUGAGAAUACACGCACAAAGUACAGCGGAGCAUUCAAUAGAUUCUGUAAAUGGUGUUCACGUUAUAACAUCUCUUCACUACCAGCCUCAGACUAUAACGUUUCCCUAUAUUUGAUUCAUCUCAGCGAUACAUGUAACUCAGUAGCUACAAUAGAUGAAGCUUUUUAUGCUAUAAGUUGGCCACAUAAAUUGUGUGGAUUUCCCGAUCCUUGUACUUCAUUCCUUCCUAUUUCAACAAGGGAAGGAUGCCACAGAUCUAUUGGACACCGAGGGAGAAACAAAAAGGAACCUAUUUCUCCAGACAUUCUUAAAAAUAUUUGUCUAUUGUAUGGUAACAACAGCUGUAAUUUACUUGAUCUUAGAAUUGCCUGUAUGUGCGUUCUUAGUUUUUCCGGAUUUUUAAGGUUUUCAGAGCUUGUUAAUCUUAGAAGGUCAGACAUUCAGAUUUUUGAUGAUUAUUUGACUCUUAAUGUUCAGAAAAGUAAAACUGAUCGAUACAAGAAAGGUACUACUGUUUACAUUUCCGGUACUGGGCAGAUUACAUGUCCCAUUAUGAUCACAAAGAGGUAUUUGGAAAAAGCUAAUAUUAGUGAAUGUUCAGAUGAGUUCAUAUUCAGAUCUGUUUGUUUUUGUAAAAGCUCUCAAUCAUAUAUUCUGAAGGGUCACAAAAGUUUGUCUUAUACAAGAGCUAGAGAAAUUCUUUUGUCUACACUUGAAUCUAUCGGACUGGAUAAACGUCAGUUCGGAUUACAUAGUCUUCGAGCCGGCGGCGCUACUGCAGCGGCAAAUGCUGGUAUUUGUGAUAGGCUGUUCAAAAAACACGGUCGCUGGCGUUCAGAAUCAGCUAAAGAUGGCUAUGUUAAAGAAAAUUUAGAGCAACAUUUAAUUGUAACUAAACAUAUUGGGAUAUAGGGGUGGGUUGUUUAUAUCAUUGACAAUUUUUUGCUUUCUUUAUUGUCGAAGUCUGUUGCAUUCGCGCAUGCGAGUUUAUCCUAUAAAUUAUGUGUUUGUGUUUUAUUUUAUAAAUAAUUUGUGUUCGGUUGAACUGGUGAAUAAGAACAUAAAUAUAUUUAUAAAAGUUACUGAAAACACGUGUGUUUGUUUUGAAUUAAGUGGGCGUGUCGAUAUUACAUAUCGAUUGGCUGUUUACGGGUGUUUACGGGUGAAUAGGGUGAAUUAUUCCGUGCUACGCAUGAAUUGUACACAUAUAAAGUAGAAUUCGGGGUUUUUUAAGUUAUUCGAAGUUCGAUGCCACUUUGCAACAGACUAUCCCCACCCACCCCUCCCAAAUGAUAA